GUCUGGAAGGUUAUAGGGUUUCCUGCCUGAGCAGGUGGUUGGACUAGAAGACCUCCAAGGUCCCUUCCAACUAUGUUAUUUUGUUAUUCUGAUUAGAAAUGGGAAACCACACCAGUUACAAAGAAUUCAUCCUCGUGGGCUUCCUGAUUGGGCAAAAAGCAGAGAUAUUCUUGGCCACAAUAGUGAUGGUGGUGUAUGCGUCAACAAUAUUUGGUAACUUGACUAUUUUGUUCAUCACCAUUACCAACAGUUGUCUCUAUACACCAAUGUAUUUCUUCCUUGGCAAUCUUUCUGUCCUAGACCUUUUUUUUUCAACAGUGACUACUCCCAGUUUGUUGAGGAAUCUCCUCUCUGGAAACAAGACCAUCUCCUUUGCUAGCUGCAUGGCCCAAUCCUAUUUCUACUUCUUCCUGGGCACAGUGGAAUACUUCCUCUUGACAUGUAUGUCUUAUGACCGCUAUGUAGCCAUUUGUAACCCCUUACAUUAUCCGGUGAUCAUGAAUGACUGUUUUUGCAUUCAAAUGGUAGUGGCUUGUUGGUUGGCUGGGUUUGCCUUUGUCCUCUAUCCAACCAUCAUGGUCACCAGGUUUUCCUAUUGCCACUCCAAUGUCAUUGAUCACUUCUUCUGUGACAGUGAACCACUACUGAAGUUAUCUUGUAUGGAUACCAGUGCGAUACAAAUAAUCCUAUUUGUGUUAUCAUCAAUUGUCAUUGUUUGUUCUUUGAACCUGACCUUAGUCUCUUAUAUUUACAUUGUCUCUGCUAUUUUGGUUAUCCCCACUGGCUCUGGGAGGAAGAAGGCCUUCAACACAUGUGUAUCUCAUCUCACAUUGUUCUUGAUGGCUUCUAGUGUCUCCAUCUUACUGUAUGUGAUCCCAUCUAAGCAAUCAACUUUGGGGGCUCGCAAAAUCCCGGCUUUACUCAGCAGCAUAGUAAACCCAUUCCUGAGUCCUUUUGUGUACACCCUGAGGAAUGACCUGGUGAAGACAAUUCUGCAAAAGCUCUUUGAACAGGCUCAAACCUUCACGGUUCAGAAGGUACAGAAAUUCUUCAUAGUUUUGGUCAGGUUUGUAGGGAAAGCCAGAAUUUAAAACAGUGGUAUCCCACUCUUUUUUUUUUGUCAAGAUAAUGAUUUAACAGCUAACCAGCUUAUGUAAUGUAAGAUGUAAAGAUGGGAAUGACUCAGCAGGGUCUGUGUCUCUUUAAGAACCAGCAGGGUCUGUGUCUCUUUAAGAGCCUUUGUAUAAAGGGAAGUCUCCGUUGAUGUGUUCUCUCUCUUCCGUUUCCUGCUGUAACUGUGGUGUGUUGGAUCCUGCUGUAUUGGCAGGUAUAUGUAUAUUAUUCCUGGUGUAUGAUAUUGUAGAUAGUGUAAGAUAAACCACCUUUAAUAUAGACCACUGUUUACUGUGUUUACUCCUGGGUUAUCUCAUGCAAUAAGACUGUGCAUGCUCUAACAUUUUUUCCCAGUCUGAAUGUGGAAACUAUGUUCCAGAGCAUUCCAAGAAAGGAGCCUGGGAAGGAAA